CAGUUCUCCAAGGGAGUGUACGCCAUCAUGGGCCUGUACGACCGGCGGACGGUCAACAUGCUGAUGUCGUUCUGCGGCUCCCUGCACGUCUGCUUCGUCACGCCGUCCUUCCCCGUUCAGACCAACAACCAGUUCGUCCUGCAGCUGCGGCCUCAGCUGCAGGAGCCGCUCAUGGCUCUGCUGGAGCAGCUGGACUGGAGCAGGUUCGUCUACAUGUACAGCUCCGACUCAGGUCUGUCGGUGCUGCAGAGGAUCCUGGACACGGCGGCGGAGCAGACCUGGCAGGUGACCUCCAUCAACCUGGACACGCUGACGGAGGCCGCCUUCGUCAAGCUGCUCACCGACCUGGACUUCAAGAAGGACUAUCAGGUCAUCAUCAACUGUGAGCUGGACCGACUCAACUCCAUCCUCAACCUGAUUGCUGCUCAGAAGAGAAACUUGAAGAACUACCACUACAUCCUGGCCAAUCUGGGCUUCAUGGACCUGAACGUCACAGAGUUUCAGAAGCUGGGGCCCAAUGUGACGGGCUUCCAGCUGAUGAACUGGUCCGAUCCGGCCGUGGAGAAGAUCAACCAGGACUGGCUGGACUUCGACAGCAAAGACCUGAAACUGGCCCGACGGAGCCUCAGGUACACCGGAGCUCUGACCUACGACGGCGUGAGUGCCAUGGCGACGGCUUUCCACAACCUGCGACGGCAGCGGAUCGACAUCUCUCGCCGCGGCAACGCAGGGGAGUGUCUAGCCAACCCCCCCGCUCCCUGGGGACAGGGCAUUGACAUCCAGAGGGCCCUGCAACAGGUGCGUCUCGAAGGUCUGACGGGUCACGUUCAGUUUGACGAGCGAGGACAUCGGACCAACUACACUGUGACUGUGAUGGAGCUCAGCCACAAAGGAGCCACGAAGAUCGGCUACUGGAACGAGAGGAGGGGCUACGUGAACACGGCCGUCUACAGGCCGGUGCUGGAGGAGGUCCACGGUCUGCAGAACAGAACCUACGUCGUCACCACCAUCCUGGAAGCUCCCUACAUGAUGCUGAAGAAGAACCACGAGCAGUUAGUAGGAAAUGACAAGUACGAAGGUUACUGUGCCGAACUGGCCUCGGAGAUCGCCAAACACGUCGGCUUCGCCUACCGCCUCGAACUGGUGGGUGACGGCAAGUACGGCGCCAGAGACAGUGCGACAAAGAUGUGGAACGGCAUGGUGGGAGAACUGGUGUACGGGAAAGCCGACGUGGCGGUCGCCCCGCUCACCAUCACUCUGGUGCGAGAGCAGGUGAUCGACUUCACCAAACCCUUCAUGUCUCUGGGAAUCUCCAUCAUGAUCAAGAAACCCACCAAGUCCAAACCAGGCGUCUUCUCCUUCCUCGACCCGCUGGCCUACGAGAUCUGGAUGUGCAUCGUCUUCGCCUACAUCGGCGUCAGCGUCGUGCUCUUCCUGGUGAGUCGGUUCAGUCCUUACGAAUGGGAGGGGGAGGACUCUGAUGACGAGGAUGAAACCGUCCCCUCCUCCACGUCUCAACGAGCUCAGCCGACGUCGUCCUCCGAACUCGCUCACUCUUCAGGGUUCCCUCAGGCUCAGAACCAGAACCAGCAGAAAGAGAAGGAGACGCCUGAACACACCAACGACUUUGGGAUCUUUAACUCUCUGUGGUUCUCUCUCGGGGCCUUCAUGCAGCAGGGCUGUGACAUCUCUCCCAGGUCUCUCUCAGGUCGGAUCGUUGGAGGCGUCUGGUGGUUUUUCACCCUCAUCAUCAUCUCCUCUUACACGGCCAACCUGGCAGCCUUCCUCACCGUAGAGAGGAUG